AGCAACGUUUAUCAACGAUGACACUAACAAUAAUGGCGGACGGAAAAUAAUAUGAUUUUUGACCAAAAUAGCCGUGGAUUGCAGAUUCUCAAUCUAACCAUUGAUUGAGGAAAUAUCCUUUGAGUAUUAAAGCUACGAGCGAGCAUCAUGAACCGCACAGACGCAAGGAAAAAACAGCCAAUAAAACCUGGCGGGACAAACGUCAACGCUAGUCGGAAGAGCAGCCAUAGUUUUGGUCGUAGCAGUAUCAGGACUGUUGGAGCUAGCUCACGCAGUAAUCUAUUUGCAUCAACAAGUCGUAAAAGUGUGGUGAUCAGCUCCAGUCAACCAGAGAAAGCGCAAGCCAAGCCUCCAGUACAGGUAUUUGAUGACAUGGGUGUUGAUGUGACGCCGAGAAGCCUAUUGCACACAGACCCUGCUGCUGUGAAGAGAAACCAGAGCAAUACUUUAUUUGAUGCCAAUGCCUCUAUUGUCACUCCUUCAGAAGUUGGCCAGUCUUUCUAUGCUGCUAGUAAUGCUAGCAUGUAUGGAGGGUUUUCUAGGUCAGUGUUUGGUAGCUCCGUGUCUGGACGUUCUUCACCAGAGUCCAUCAGUGAAGACUUGACGGAACCAAGCAAUUAUCAUGACAAAUUCUCUUCUGGUCUUGGAGAUAUACAGACACACACCACAUUUAUGAAGGAAGAGAUAACAGAGGCAGAUCUGGAUAAGAUGGUUCAUUUGACACUGACGGAGACCGAGACUAUGUGGUUACUGGAUAUACCAGGCACCUAUGUAUCAGAAGAUAAUGAGAAUGCUCCUGAGAUUAAGGAGAGGAACCAGAAAUAUGAGGAGUUACUGAAAACCAGAGCUGGUAAUGACAUGUAUGUCGAGAGAGGGAUGCAAACCUUCAAUGAUGCUCCAAAAAGCAAAGAAGUGCAGACAUCCAAAUUAGAACUGUUUGACAUGGGUUGUAUGGCAACAACUUGGGACAUGUACGAUACAUACACAAGUGAUGAAACUACAACAAAAGAAGAGAAACCAGAGACGGAAGAAAAGCUUGAGAGUCUAAGUAGACCAGUAAGUGGCGAGAAAGGGAGUAGUCACGAGGACAGUGAGUCAGGGUCCGUCAGACCGAGCAGUGCCUCAAGUAGUAUUGCAGGGAGUAGAGCAAGCAUGUUCACGUUCAAGACCAGCUCUCUCGAUGAUGAGCCUUCAGGGGAGAAGGACAACGAGAAAAAUGCUGAGGAGAUUGCUGAAGAAAUGAAGGACAGGAUCUUAGAGUCUGAAAGCAUGGCAAAGAACCUGUUUUUGAUGGAGCGAGUCAUCUCUCAGAACGUGUACCAGCCCCGACAGGCGCAGUACAGAGGUCUGGAGGUGGUGCCGGAUAUCGACGCGGUCACUGAGGAGGAGGAGCAGUCAGCCACGGCUAAAACUCUCGCCCAACUCGGUCCCAGUCUAAAUAAGCUGUGGGCCUACUCGUGCAACCUUACUAAGGGAAGGAAUGUCAGCUGUGUGGCUUGGAACAAGAAAAACCCGGACAUCCUUGGUGUGGGUUAUGGGGAAUUCAGCUACUCGAACCAGAAAGGAGGUCUGGCGUGCUGUUGGUCCAUCAAGAACCCAGAGUACCCCGAGCGCGUGUUUCAUUUAAAUACUGGGGUGACUGCCUUGGACUUCUCUGGUGCACACCCGAACCUUCUUGCUGUUGGAUUGUAUGAUGGGACUAUUGCAAUAUAUAAUAUCCGCUGUACAGAUGACUCGCCGGCACUGGAUAGUUCGGAGUCGGUUGGUAAACACACAUCCCCCGUCUGGCAGCUUCAGUGGGUAGACCGUGAGCAGGGAGGGAAUGGUGACGAGCACGACGAGAUCCUGGUGUCGAUAUCAGCGGAUGGACGCGUCACCAAGUGGUCUAUCCGAAAGGGCUUCGAGAGCGCAGAUCUUAUGAAGCUUAAGAGGAUCAACGUCACCAAACAGAAGGCCGGAGGGGGAGGGAGUGAGCGCAAGAGCGAUGCCCUCAUCUCGAGGUUCGCGGCAGGGUUCUGCUUCGACUUCAGCCCGAAUGAUGCUAAUAUAUACCUGGCCGGGACGGAAGAGGGGCAUGUUCACAAGUGUUCAUGUUCGUAUAACGAGCAGUACCUGGAGAGUUUCCAUGGCCACACGAAAGUUGCUGGAGACCUGGGGCCGACUAUGGUGACUGGUCCCAUCUACCAAGUAAAGUGGAAUCCGCUCUACCCAGAGGCGUUUCUCACGUGCAGUGCGGACUGGAGCGUUCGGUUGUGGCAUUGCGAUCGGCAGUUCCCCGUCAUGAGUUUCUUAUCCUCUACGAAAUCAGUGAAUGAUAUCAGCUGGUCACCAGACUGCGCGACGCUCUUCGCUUGCGUCAACGACCGCGCCGUGGAGAUCUGGGACUUAAGUCUCAACACGCUUGACCCAGUGGUUUCCUUCGUCCCGGUACAAGAUUGCAAGCUGACGACUGUUCUCUUCGCCCUUAACACCGCGAUGCAGACGAUUCUUGUGGGUGACUCCGAGGGACAAGUGACUGUUUAUCAGCUUAGAGGCAUGGCGCCUGGAAUAGACCCGCAGGCCAGUCUCCUUUCAAAGAUUAUGAGUACAGCUUUCCAAGUCGGUGGUUCCCCAUCCAAGCAAAAAGACGAUCAUGACAACUCGGACGACUUUGAUUAAUAUACUCCCUCCCCACCCCCCACCCCCUACAGAUGCGACGGGAAGCCACACAAACAGAUGAAGUUGUUUUAUACUUAGGGUAGUUUACAAAAAAAAUUUGUACAUAGCGCUUAUGUUCUGUACGCUAGCUGUGAGCUACAUUCAGUUAUAUACAGAUUUACCCCCUAUUGUUAGUGGUACAAAAUUCGUUGAUGUUUGAAACUCAGCGAUUAAAAAUAAUACUUAAAAUUG